AUGUCGAACGAGUUGAUGCAGGGGUUGGCUCUGUACAAAGAGCUGCUGUGUGUAUAUUAUAACGUAAGGGAGAGUGAAUUGGGCAUAGGGAAGGGAGACGUCGGGUCGCUGUUCCAACUAAAGGAAGACCUAAGUCAGGUAAUAAAUUGUGACAUUGUUAAGUGUAAGGAAAUAUUAACAAAACUGAAACUGGUGUUAAUUCACCUACCUUCAGUGGAUCCUCUAGUACCCAUAGGAAAAAAAAAUACAAAUGAAUUACUUUUAGCUAGACAUAUAUUAGAAAAAGGAGUCAUCAUCUCCAUAUUAGAUCGGGACAUAAAAUCUUUUUCCAUUUACAUGGCUCAAUUACUUUUGUAUUACUUGGACUACCGGAAUUUCCUUCCUAAGAGCAAAAGCCAAAAUGGAAUCAUUGGAAUGUAUUUGCUUUAUUUAUUAUCUUCGAACCUGAUUGGAGAUUUUCACAUGACCUUGGAAAUUAUUUCCAUUGAAGAUCAGAAUGACCAGUAUAUAAAAUAUGUACUUCAAUUGGAACAACACAUAAUGGAUGGGUACUUUUAUUACGUCCUGACCAAGAAGGAAGAUAUACCUUUAUAUUUAUAUGCUCUCUUUAUAGAACGACUAUAUAAUACCAUUAGGCAUAAAUUGGCCGACUGUAUAUUCGCUUCUUCCAACUGUAUCUCUUCGGACUAUGCAUGUGAGUUGUUACAGUUUGUAAGUGAAAAUGAUUUGUUCCAGUUUAUAGGAGAGUAUAAUGAGACAAAGACGAGUGAAGGGGAGUCCAACCUCCUGUGGGAGGUCCGUAACAAAAAGAUUUACUUUAAUAACCCGACUGUCCACGUGCAAGAGCUCCCCGCCCUCGAGGUCCUCAACAACACCAUCGGUUACGCCACCGAACUGGAGCGGAUCGUCUAG